AUAUCUUAACACGUUCUGUUCUCGGCGGAAGUUCAUACGAUAUACCGGUACGCGUCAUUUGACGCGUGUUGACGUAUUGUUUUGACGCAUAUUUCGCGGGGAUUUACAACGUUUUGAGUUUAGUUUUGGUGAUAUAGUGAUGACAAAAUGAGCAAAAAAGACAACAGCGUGGGAAUCAUUUUUGCAUAUUUGAAUGAAAAGAACCGUCCUUAUAGUGCAACAGAUGUUUUCACCAAUUUACAAAAACAGCAUGGACUGGGGAAAACGGCAGUAGUCAAAGCCAUGGAGCAAUUGGCGGUGGAAGGGAAGAUUAAAGAAAAAGUAUAUGGCAAGCAAAAAAUAUAUUUCGCCGACCAGAGCCAAUUUACACAAGUGAAUGAUGCAGACCUGAAGGCCAUGGAUAACCAGAUCUCAGGGCUCAGCACUCAAGUGCAGUCUAUCAAUCAGAGCUGCAGGCAGCUGGAUGCAGAACUGAAAGUACUCCAAGGUUCAUUGACAACAGAGGAACUGACAUCAGAGAUAAGGAAGCUGAAAGAGGACUGUUCUGGUUACCGGGUGCGUCUGCAGAAGAUCCAAUCAGCAACUAAUCAUAUCCCACCAGAAGAGAAGGAGAAGGUUUACAAACAACGUGAUGUAUAUGUGAAAGAGUGGAAAAAGAGAAAAAGACUGGCAUCAGACAUGAUGGAUGCCAUUCUGGAAGGAUAUCCCAAGAGCAAGAAGCAGUUUCUAGAGGAAGUUGGCGUUGAGACGGAUGAAGAUUCCAAAGUGGUUUUACCGACUACUUGAGACGGAAAUCCUUUUCAUUUAUUUAUCCGAUAUAGAUGACCAGGAUACAAAAUUAUAUCCAAAUGUACAAGGAGAUUCAUUUUAUUUAAACGUCAACAAUUUCCUUUCAAUGAGUUUGUAAAUAAAAAUAAACAUAAAAUACAAAAUA